AAAUACAACCACUUCUUUAAAUAUGUCGUAAUAUAAGGUACACCUAUAUAUAUAAUACAAUUAUAAAUAUUGUAAUUUGUCCACAAGAAUCGCAAAAUAUCAUAUGUUAGUUCAAAUGCAGAAUCCGUUAGGAUACAAUGGAAUUUAUAUCAAAAAAUAUUUCACUAAAAUGCUUAAUAUGUGAUGAUAUUGCACACUAGACACUCUGUACUUUCAAGUGAAUAACUUAUAAUGGUUAACAUCAAGCAUUCAUUUCAUCAUCUUUGUCGUAUUCAACUCUGGAUAAAAUAGUUUCAGAUGGCAUAGAUUAUAAAUGAAGAAAAAAAUCAUGGACAUGUUCAUCUUCCUGACUUUCCUUCAGAUGUUGUCCUUGAAUGAAGCCUACAAUUUCACCUGUCCAUCACAGGCACACUGGAAAAUUCGGGCAAAAUCCAUGUGUAAGCCUCCAAAAAAUUAUACUUGCUUAUUUGACGUAACAUUUAGAGUAAAUGUAUACAGAGAAAUAUGUAACAGACCUAGAAUAUUACAUCGUGGUCAUAAAUACGUCUAUCAGCCGAACUUAAACAGAGCAACAUGCAGUGUAACUCGAUAUCAACCUGAAAUUUUUGAAACAAAUGGGUACAGUGACUGCAUCUAUCAAAAAUCACUUUGUAACACCUUAGGUCAAGAGACGUAUGAAUACGGCAAUACUACGGUCGACAGAACAUGUAUUUGUAAUACCGAUAGAGGAUAUACUUUUGUCAUGAACUCAAAAAACCAAUGUUACUGCAAUCCUUCAACUGAAGAUUGCUCUUGCUAUCUCGGAAUAAAUCCAUACAACAAAACGGUUGGACUGAAAGAUAUCAAAUGUUAUGAUGACAUGCAAAUGACAAGAAGUCCUUACUUAAGAGAUAUGUUCAAUAAUUCACGGACGAUAAAGAUCAUUCAGUUUGACAACUUCAAAUACAACCUUAACUAUGUUCCUAUAAAUGAAUAUCGCAAGAAAGCAGCCACAUCUAUAUGGAUAUUGUUAUUAUCAUACUUCGUGUUGAUUAUUGUACUGAGCAUUAUGCGACGAUGGAUCCAACAUCAUAGAACUCCUAGACAAUUUGACAUAGUUGAAUGCACAGAUUGUUCAAUAACCAUUGCAUGGUUUAUUGAUGUACCAGACGAGUGCCUAUCGUAUGAGCUUGAUCAUCGACAUCAAGGAACACAUGACUGGUCUGUUGAAACAUUCUCUUCUGAAGAUGUUUUGAAAGGAGAGGACGGACGACGCAUGUAUGAACUUCAAAAUCUGCGUCCUGAAACAUAUUAUGAAUGUAAACUGCGUUCUGUAAAUAAGCAUGUCAAAAGCCAGUAUUCGAAGUCUAUAACCAAGCAGACACGGAAACUAGUUUUACCAGAAGCCAUAAAUCGAUUAUCAGAGCGAGAUAAAAUUAGAUACAAUACGAUAAUGCAAAGUUCCAAAAGUGAAAAAAGGUAUUUUGUAAGAAUUAUGAUAGUUGGAAAACAAUCGGAUAGAAAAACGUGCCUUUCGAGAAGAUUAUUGAACGAAAGCAUAUCUGAUGUUUCUAGUACAGAAUGUGUAGAUAUUGUUGCUCGUAGAUGCAAAAUAAACAUGGAAGAUGGAAAAUGGAUAAUUGGCAAAGAAAUUAAUGACGAUAAGGUGGGUCGGAUUGAGAGAGCACUUAUUCCAAAUGCCGAGGACAGAGCCACUCAACAUAUUCAGGUAGAUGAGACAAUGAAUAUAAAUAUAAGUCAUCGUGAUGAGAUAUCUACUAAUAAAAUAGACAUCACAACCGACACAAAGGUUAGUCUGGAUAAAAGUGAAGAAGAAAAUGAGUCUUCAUCAUUGGUAAUGCUCGAUGAUUUGACAUCGGACGCAAAGGUUAGUCUGGAUAAAAAUGACGAUACGAAUGAGUCGUCUUCAUUGGUAAUGCCAGAUGAUUUGAAGUCUGGCGUGUUUUCUAGUUCAACUGUAAAUACUCCUUCCAUUCUUUUUGCAUUAUGUGAAUUAUGGGACUUUACAGGACAAAAAGAAUGUGAUGCUACACACCAAGCAUAUUUGACAAGUAGUGCAGUAUACCUUGUAGUUGCAGAUAUGGGGGAUGACAUAAGUAAACAAGCCUUAUGUCAGUGCUUUGCCGAUUAUGAGCAUAAUGGAGUUCUGUCUUUAUCUACUAAUAAAAGGCACACACCUACAUGUUUGGAUUAGGCAGAUUUUAAGAAGAGAGUAAAGAUUCUUACUGAUCAAAUACACCAAGUUCUUGGGUGCCAAAGCAAAUAUCACUUGCACGAUACGCUUUAUUUGUCAAAUAAGGCAGAUAAUGAUGAAGAAUUUAAAAAGUUGCGAU